CUUACUUAACAAAGGUCUCGCUUAGCAAUGGAAACUUUGGGCUCAAUUAUGAUCGUAAGUCGAGGACUACCUAUAUAAGCACAGUCAUGGCUUCAUUUACUGACGGUUUUGCUUAAGGACUUACUUGCCAGUCCCAAUUGUGGUCACUAAUUAAGGACUACUUGUACAUGUAAAAUACAUCCAAGUAGCCAUUGGAUAUUCUGGAUUUGCUUGUUCACUGAAUGGCCAUCUGAUUCACUUAACAACUGCCAUGAUUCACUUUACAACCAUUGCAAAAAUGGUUGUAAAAUCUAGUCCAUCCAGGUGAUGCCUCAGCUUAAUACUGCGAUAACUGAUAACUAGAAUUCCAUGCUCCAUUGUGACUGCAUGACAAGGAUUACCUAUAAUAAUAUUUAUGUUGAUUGAUUUUAUCAUCUUUAUAGCCUCUUUUUCAGCCAUGUAAGAAAACACACGACUUUCUCCCUGUUGCUUGUGUUAUCUGCAUAACAAAUGUGUGGGGAGGGGCAUAGGGGGAGAGGAUGUGUCCGAUUCAAGAUCAUCCAACAAGGUUCAUGGCUGAGUGUGGAUUUGAACUCAAAAUAAUAUUCCAUCUGUGAAGGGAUGCUCUGGGUUCGGUAAUGUAAUCACAAAGCAGGCCACCCACAUGAUCAACCCAGUUUUAUGGCAUUUUUAUGGUGGUCGUUAAGGAAAUGCCAUGGUCAUAAAGAGAAUCCAUUGUUUGCUGUAGGGUAUUUUUGCCAAAACCCAGACAUAAAUGGCGGUUUGCAUCAAAAACAUCACACAAUGCAGUUGUGUGAUUCUGGUGCUGCAAACAGCCAUAAAUGUGGACUUGUGGACUGGUUGGCGAGUGUCUGAAAUGCAGUCAGGCAAUUGUGGGGAAGGAGGGAGGGGAAUUGGCUGUUAGAAUUUUGGAAUUCUAUCAAGAGUCACCUUGGGGAGGUCUGUCAUAGCUUCAAAUGGUAACUAAACAACUGGUCAUAAAUGCAGGAUCAUCUUUACCUACAGAGGUGAUGGGUUCUCCAUCUCUGGAGGUCCUUGACAGCCACGCCUCCAGAGAAAGUUGAAUUAUGUUUCCAGCACAUUGCAGAAGAUUGGAUUGGGUAAUCCUUGUGGUCCCUUCCAACUUCACAGUUCUAUGAUUCGAGUCUACUUUUUGCGAUCCUGGUUUGGUUCUGCACAAUACUUGGCAUUAGAUAUGCCCUGGGAAUAUUCCCAGAGGGAAGAUGAAAAACGCAGAAUAUAAACAGGCAGAAGAGUAAAUAAACACUGGCCCAGGUUUGGAGCAGAGUUCAACCCUCACAUUUGUCUCUGGGACCAGAGUUACAGGCAUCUAAUUCCACACUGAUUGUGUUCACACGGCAUGCCAUGUUUUAGUAGUUAAGUUUUAAUAGUUUAGCAUUUGCUGCACAGCGGGUCUGCCCUCUUAAUUUAUGGCUCAGUGCUUUGAACAGAGGGGAUGGUUUCAUUCAGGAACCAGGUUAAGUGGGUUGUGUGAAUGCAGCCAUUCUCAUGCUAGGCAUGUGUAGGGCUCCUUUCUCACACACACCCUCCCCAGUUAAAAGCAGCCUCCCUUCCAAUCCCCUGGAUCUUUGAAAGGCAAGGCCCUUCGCCAGGAUUACAGAUUAUGCUUCUGCUGUUUUCUUUGGCAGGGAAUAAAUUCCGUCUGCGGGCAGGAAAUGGUUAAGUGAAGCCUGACACCCUUCUCCCCACCCACCCCCUUUGUUUCCUCUAAGCAACACCCAGGUGCCCUCAGCCAAUGGCUGGACGGCGUAACUCGAGCUCUCCUUGGAGGGGGGGGACUCCAGUUGUGCCUUUCAAGGCUCCAGAAAAAAACUUUCCAGACCCCCCCCCCUCUCUUUUUCUGAUAAUCACCAGUUUCUGUCUAGUUGUCUUUCCCACCCCUCUCUGCCAACAGGAUUCCCUGCCUUUGGAAAAACCGAAUCGUCUUGUACCUGCAAAGCUCCUUUCUUGUAUCUUCAAAGCGCCAUUCGGGAGCCAAAUUUUCCCUCCAGGCUUUUUCUUUUUCCAAGCUUUUAACCAUUCUUUGAAUUCUCGUCCUUUGAACUUUGCGCACUGUGGCCUGUCCCACCUUUGUUUUCUCUCCUACUCUUAAAACCCCUUCCUGGGUUGAGCCUACAGCCAUCCUCUCCUGUGCUGCUGGCACCCGAACUUUUCCCUUAGUUGGUUCGUUCAUCCUUCCCUUCCCCGCCAGCUGCAACAGUUCUCUCCUCUUUGUCCAAAACCAUCAGGAUGUGGUCUGCAACCCUUUACCUUCUGGAUCAUGGUUGGUCUUGCUUGCUAUGACAAACCUAGGUUUUCCUCACAUGCUGCUGGCGGCUGUUUCAUCCAGACAAAAUGUUGAGUCCCACGUACAAGCAACGCAAUGAAGACUUCCGCAGGAUCUUCAAAGGCUUGCCUGAAGCUGAGCGUCUUCUUGUAGAUUACUCCUGUGCGUUGCAGCGUGACAUCCUCCUUCAAGGUCGGCUUUAUCUAUCGGAAAACUGGAUCUGCUUUUACAGCAACAUCUUUCGAUGGGAGACCACGAUCUCCAUCCAGCUCAAGGAGGUGAUAUGCAUCAAGAAGGAAAAAACUGCCAAGCUGAUCCCCAACGCAAUUCAGAUUUGCACAGAGUCCGAGAAGCAUUUCUUCACAUCCUUCGGCGCCCGUGACCGAUGCUUCAUGCUAAUUUUUCGCCUUUGGCAGAAUGCACUUCUGGACAAGACGUUGCCCCCACGAGAACUCUGGCACAUUGUCCAUCAAUGCUACGGUUCUGAACUUGGCUUGACCAGCGAAGAUGAUGAUUACGUUUCUCCCAUUGAUGAUCUCAACGGUUUGGGAAGCCACAAAGAAAUUGGAGAUGAUAUCGACCUGACUGAGCUGGCUUCCCGCUGCAGCACUGACCUCAAGCUGUUCACCAGUCCCUUGCUGGACAAAAGGGACACCAGUCACAGCAUCAGCUCGCUGGCCAGCAGCAGUGAUGGGACCACAUCGGUGAGGAUAGGGGAUUCAGAAGACAGCUGGAAUGUCACGAAGCUGGCGGAAGAUCCGGAGGAUAACACUGAUAGCCAAAUGGAUGCUUCAUCUAGCCACACAGUGACCUCAGCCACAGAGCCCCCUCCAGAUGAAUUGUUGCAAGGGCCUGCUGUGUCCCCCCCGGAGGGGGACCCACCUCCCAGUGAAGAGCUCCCCACCGACAUGAGCAAUUCCUCCUCUUCCACGCAAGAUGAAGCUGAAGUGGAAGCCUUCUUCAGAGACUUGCCAGGGCGGCUCCUGAUCAACGCCGUGUAUCAUGUUGGUGCUGAGAGGCUGCAGCAAAUGCUUUUCAGCGACUCCCAGUUCAUACACAGCUUUUUGGAUCAACGCAAGUUCACAGAUGUUGCACUGAGUUCAUGGAGCGGAGACAGCAAGUGUCACCAAAGCCGCGUCAUUACCUACACCAUCCCUAUCAGUAACCCUUUGGGCCCCAAGGUUGCACCGGUGGUAGAGACCCAGACUCUUUUCCGUGCCAGUUCCAAGAAUGGAGGCUGUGUAGUGGACUCAGAAGUGGUCACUCAGGGUAUCCCUUACCAGGAUUACUUCUACACUGUGCAUCGGUACUGCAUCACCACCGUAGCCAAAAGCAAGGCCAGGCUCAGAGUCUCCUCUGAAAUCCGGUAUCGGAAGCAGCCAUGGACCCUUGUGAAGACUUUCAUUGAAAAAAAUGCAUGGAGCGGUGUUGAAGAAUACUUCCAGCAUUUGGAACUGGCACUGGUGCAAGCAGAAAAGGCUCUGCUAGAGGACAGCUGCCAUGGCAAAGAACCCCGGGGUCUCAUGUCUGGAUUGCGUCGCAGGAAACGGACCCUGAGCUGGAGAGCUCCCCAUGUUGAAGCCCCAAUGCCCACACUACCCGAUAGUGAAGGUGCAUCGCGAACUGUUCGCCCUUCAGGCAGCCUGACCUCACGUCUUUCAGAACAACUCCUGGAGCCAGGACAGGGACAGACCGUCUCCACCGUGAUCCUUGUCAUCAGUCUGGUGAUCUGUGUGAGUCUCUUAGUUCUGGUCAUCCUCAACAUGAUGCUGUUCUACCGGCUAUGGUCUCUGGAGCACACAGCCCGAACUGUGGAGUCAUGGCAGACUUAUGCACUCUCCAAUGGGAAACUUCCACAGACAGCCUCGGAAUGGGCAGAGAUUCUGGAGUUGCAAAAACAGUUCCAUAGUGUGGAGGUGCAAAAGUGGAAACAGAUCCUGAAGGCAUCAGUGGAACUUCUGGAUGAGAUGAAACUCUCCCUGGAGAAGUUGCAGCAAGGCAUCAUGGUGGCAGAGCCACCGUUGGAACCGGAGUGAAGCCACAGCAUCUCCCUCUCUCUCUUUUGAGGAGGUUGCUGAGUUACCAGAAAGAAGACUCCUGAGAUCCAUCUCAGAAACUGUUGAACCAGUGGUGUGAGCAUCCUGUGGGAGGAGACAGCACUGUGCUUCUCACCGGAUCCACCACCUGGACAUUAUCCUCAAGAGUGCCACUGGUAGCGAUGGAUCUCUUGGUGGAAACCGUUUCGCCGGGAACAUCUCCCUUGGAUCACUCUUCCUGGGAUUGUUCCUGUAGGGACUUCUCUUCAUCCCUUUCCCACUUCAGUGGUAUUUAUAUUGCAUCCAGGACCCCCAAGAAUCCUUGAUUUCCCUGUAUCCUGGCACCGGUUCUUUUUUCCAGCUAUUGUUUGGGGAGGGAGGAGGGUGGGAUCAGUUUUGGGCGGGGGAUGGCCUCUGGAGCGGGGAUCUAUCUUUUGCACUGAAACUUCACUCAAUAGCUAAGAUAGCCUAAUGGAGGGCAGCAAAGAACCAAGUUCUGCCAUUCCCUCCCUUCCUUUCCUUUCCUCUUCUUUCCUUUCCUUUCCUUUCCUCCCUCUCUCUCUCUCUCACACACACACACAUACACAUGCACAAGCGACCAUGAACAGAGCUGUGGUGGCACAGUGGUUAGAAUGCAGUAAUGCAGCUAAUUCUCCUGACUGCCUACUGACCAACUCAAGGUUGACUCAGCCUUCCAUCCUUCCGAGGUCGGUAAAAUGAGGACCCAGAUUGUUGGGGGCAAGAGGCUGACUCUGUAAACCACUUAGAGGGGGCCGUAAAGCCCUGUGAAGUGGUAUAUAAGUCUAAGUGCUAUUGCUGUUGCUCUUGAUGGUGGGGUGAAAGCAAUUCAGAGGCUCCAAGAGGGUUCAUUCCUUCUUCAGCUCUCUUCCCUGCUGCUCCCUUGCCCUGUCUUUCCUGCCAUUGGUGGGUAGAUUGUCAGCGUUCUUCAAAGGGAUCUUCCCAACCAAUUACCUCCGACAGGGUAAAGCAUUUUCAGCCCCGCAUUUUCACACACACAAAAAUCAGGGGGGCUGGACUACAGCAUCUUCUUGUUGAUGGCAUCUGUUAUCACAGAAAACUUUCUGAACAAGGGGUCACCCUUGAAGUGUCCCUGGAACUUCGAAAGAUACAUACACCAGCACUUCUGUAUACACACAUAUAGAUGCUGGAAUCCAGUUCAGUCCUUUUCUGAGUAGCAUCUGACUUCUGAAAGUAUCAUCUGAGCCCUGCUCACUUCGACUGUGUUUACGCAACACUAAAUCCCAAUGUCUGAUGAAAAAGCACACCUGUCUUCCCACUGUGCAUAGUCAGUCAUCAGCUUAAUGCAGGGUUUCUAACCUUCACCAUUUUUAGAUCUCUGGACUUCAACUCCCACAAUUCCUCAACCAGCAUGGGGAAUUUUGGGAGUUGAAGUCCAGACAUCUUAAUAUUGCUAAGACUGAAAAACGACAACCUACUGUGUGGUAAUCUGGAACAGAAAUAGUCACCAUUUGAGGUUUAUUGAAAAUGGACUUUGUAGCCAAGGCAGGUUACAGGUUUAUGUAUUCCGUAACCUCCAAUGGUGCAGCUUUUUUUCUGAAUGUGGAAAACACUUUAAAACUCUGUUAACAAAUGGUAUAUAGCUAUUGAGAGAAUGGGUAAAGUGCUAACGUUUGUUCUCGUUCACCAGGCAUUUCGUUUGGUGUGCCAGGCAAACCAAGAUAAUUUAGUACAUAAUGCUCCAAAUGGUGCUUUUUAGGGAAUGUUGUAUCUGGGUGCAGUCAAGGUGGUUCCAUUUGGGUUUUAUUUUUUUAAACCCUGUGCAGCAUGCCAUGUGUGCCACAUGGGAGACUCUCACAUCAGCCUCGUGGAUAACAGCAGCUGGGCCUUGCCUUCCCACAAAGAAGCUGUAUUGUCCACUAUAAAGUGAAGUUUCACUGCCAAUCUUGGCCUCUUAAGCCCUUCAAAUAUACUGCCAGGGGCAGGGAGGGGGCAUUAAAUCUGCCCCCUCCUGGAGAGGGGGUUAUGUGUCUGUCAGCUCUGUGUUCCCUUUCCCCAAAAACCUGGGAGACCCAGGUAUCAGACCCUCUCCCUUUUUUACCCUUCUCCCAUUAAAAUUG